GCCAGCUGUCCCCCGCAAUGCUGGAGCGCCUCACCCUCUCCCCGGCCAAGCUGGGCAGCCUGGCCCUGGGCCUGCGGCAGAUCGCCGUGGCGGCCCGGGACAGCGUGGGCCGCGUGCUGAGGAGGACCCGGCUGGCCUCGGGCCUGGAGCUGGAGCAGGUCUCCGUGCCCAUCGGGGUGCUGCUCGUCAUCUUCGAGGCCCGGCCCGACUGCCUCCCCCAGGUGUCCGCGCUGGCCAUCGCUAGCGGCAACGCCCUGCUGCUGAAGGGCGGGAAGGAGGCGGCCCACUCCAACCGCCUCCUCCACCAGCUCAGCCAGGAGGCGCUGGCGCUGCACGGCGUCGGCGAGGCCGUGCAGCUGGUGAGCACCAGGGAGGAGGUGGAGGACCUGUGCCGUCUGGACAGGAUGGUAGACCUGAUCGUCCCGCGGGGCUCGUCCCAGCUGGUGCGGGAGAUCCAGCGAGCGGCGCGGGGCAUCCCCGUGCUGGGCCACAGCGAGGGGGUCUGCCACGUGUACGUGGACGCAGAGGCCAGCCCCGAGAAGGUCCUCAAGAUCGUCAGGGACUCCAAGUGUGAUUACCCGGCGGCCUGCAACGCCAUGGAGACGCUGCUGAUCCACCGAGACAUCCUGCGCACGCCGCUCUUCGACCAGAUCAUAGACAUGCUGCGGACCGAGCGGGUGAAGAUCCACGCGGGGCCGAGCUUCGCGUCCUACCUGACCUUCGGGCCCUCGGAGGCCCCGUCGCUGCGCUCCGAGUACGGGGCCCUGGAGUGCAGCCUGGAGGUGGUGGACAGCCUGCAGGAGGCUGUGCAGCACAUCCAGAAGUACGGCAGCUCCCACACCGACGCCAUCGUCACCGAGAACGAGGAAACAGCUGAGAAGUUCCUUCAGCAGUUGGACAGCGCCUGUGUGUUCUGGAACGCCAGCACGCGAUUCGCUGACGGCUACCGCUUCGGACUGGGGGCCGAGGUGGGGAUCAGCACGGCCCGUAUCCACGCGCGGGGCCCCGUGGGCCUGGAGGGCCUGCUGACCACCAAGUGGGUGCUGCGGGGGGGGGGCCACACGGCCGCAGACUUCUCAGAGAGCGGCUCCCUGACCUACCUCCAUGAGACCCUCCCCCUGACCCCGCCCCCCGCCGGCCAGAGGGACGCCAACUAGGGCUGCCGACCGGACCGCACACACACACACACACACACACACACGCACACACACACACGCACGCACGCACACAUGCAC